UCUGGUCACGUUUUUGGCUGACAGUCGGCUGUCCCGGAGAGCGCUCAAGUGAAGCAAGGUCCGGAGCUGGAGACAUAGCGCAGCGCAGCGCACCGACACCUGCAGCAGGGAUGUAUAACGGGGAUUCCCACUCCGCAAACUGAAUCAACCUCUGAUCAAACCGUAGUCCUCUGUGCUGCCGGGGCGGGAAAGGAGAGGCAGAGCAUGGUCUGGGGUGCCGGCCACUGUUGCUAUGUGUGAAGGAGUGCCAAGGCGCCAAUGGAGACCGAAGGCUAUCGUGACCUACUGGAGACCAGUGACGGCCAGGGGGUAGGCGUGCUGGAUGGUGGUGGCGAGCUGGGUGUGGAGGAGGGAUGGAGCUCACCCUACCCGCUGGGCUUCCAGGUGUCUUUGACCACUGUGCUGAUGCUGGAGCUGGUGCUGGGCUUCAGCAGCAACCUGACAGUGCUUGUGCUCUACUGCGCUCAGUCAAACCUGGUGGAUUCAGUCAGCAACCUGGUGACGGUCAACCUCCACGUGCUGGACAUACUGGUCUGUGUGCUGUGUCUGCCGCUCACUGUGGCUGUGAUCCUGCUGCCUGCUAACGACAGUGGAGUCGGCAACCUGGCCACGCUGUGCUGCUUUCAUGAGGCCUGUGUCACGUUCACCAGCGUGGCGACAGCGGUCAAUGUGUUGGUGAUCAGUUUGGACCGAUAUGACAUCUCUGUGCGUCCAGCGAGUCGUCUGCUGACCCCCCGGCGUGCUGCGCUGCUCCUGGCAGCAGUGUGGGCUGUAUCUCUGGCUGUCUUCUUCCUGCCCUUCCUUGAGGGGGACUUCUUCUCUUUAACGGUAGAGGAGGGUGAGGAUGAGGAACCGGAAAGGCAGAAUAAUGAGCCUGAAUUCACCACUGGACUGACUACCCUUUUUUCCUCCCCCGCUCCCUCUGUAUUACCCUCCACUCAGCCAUCCCCUGCUUCACACCACCUGUCACCAGUAUGGCAGAACAGGACACUGCUGUGUGUCGGAGGGCAGGGGUAUUACACAGGCCUGGCAAUGUAUUACCACUUGUUACUCCAAGUGCCCUGCUUCUUCAUCGCUGUGGUCGUCAUGUUGUUCACCUACUCCAAGAUCCUACAGGCCCUCAACAUCCGCAUCGGCUCCCACAUGAUGAGGGGUUCACGUAAAAAGGACUCCACCUGCAGGAUACGUUGCAGAAGGCGGAAGAAGAAGGACCUGAGCCUGCCCACAGAGGUAGUGUCCUCCAACCAGAACCAGAACCUUAGCCAUCCUCCUCUCAUCCCUUCUCCAACACCUACACCAACAUCCCCCCCGCCGCUCUCCUCCAUGCCCCAAGGGAUGUCUGACAGUGGAGCAACAGUCACCACAGUCAGCACUGCUGCCACCACCCCCAUCGCAACCACACCGGCUUCCCUUGCUUCUCCAACCCCAGUUUUAGCUUCGGCCUCAACAGUGCAGACCCACACCACCUCACCACUGCCUGCCUCCACCAUGGGAGUCCAGGCCUCAGUUUCGGCCAUCAUUGCUUUGAGGCGUGCAGUACGCAGACACAGGGACCGCCGGGAACGGCAACGUCGCGUCCUAAAAAUGUCCCUAAUCAUUAUAUCCACCUUCCUUGGAUGCUGGGCCCCUCUGUCCUUGGUCAACGUUUUGAUCCUGUGUAUGGGUCCCAGCGACAGCCUGGUGCGGAUCCGCCUUUGCUUCCUAGCAAUGGCUUAUGGAACCACUAUCUUUCAUCCUCUGCUCUAUGCUUUCACCAGGCAGAAGCUUCGCCGCGCUCUCAAAACACGGGUCAAGAAGAGGGUGGUAUCCCUUCUGCAGGUGGACCCAGCUGUCAGCGGGGGGACAGUUAUUCAUAACUCAUGGGUGGAGGGGGGAGGCAAGAGGAAGAGUCGUAAACCACGGGUAGAGGCCAGUGACGGCACUGAUCGAUGCCUCACAGAGGCAGUGAAGGAAUGAAGCUUCAGGAUGCGUGUAUGUGUGUGUGUGUGUGUGUGUGUGUGUGUGUGUGUGUGUGUGUCAUGUGUGUGUGUGUGUUGUAUGUGUGUGUGUGUGUGUGUGUGUGUGUGUGCAUUUAUUUGUGUGUGUGUGUGUUUGCGUGUGUGUGUGUGAGUGUAAAAAAUUGUGUGUCUCCACUUUGCUGGAGAUGGAUCUGGUGUCUAUUCAUGCACGGGUGAGAGAGAAAUAAGAUCCAGUUUGUUUACAUAGGUCUGGACAAAUCCCAUGACACCUGUUUCCAUGCAGAUGUUGAGACAGGUGAGUCCUGAGAUCCAAUUAGAGGCAGCUUUCUGCUCUCAGCGACCCUCAUUAGUCCACUUCCUGACUGACAAGGUGGCCACCAUUUCUCCAUGGCAACAUUGGCCAAGAAUUAUGAAGAAAAACCAUAACCAUAGCUACUCAAAACUAUAGUAUGUACCUCGAUUUAUAGGUAAAAGGUUAGAUCAAAGAAAACAUAUAUCGCUCCUGCACUUUCUACUUGCAUUUGCAUGAAUAUAUGCACAGACACACACACACAUAUACACGCUUCAUGCACACGGAUGUAUAGUCAGUCAUUAUCUGUGAAAGCACACCUAUAUCUACCUGCACAGAUAUUCUCAGAGAGAAAAAUAUUGAUUAAAAUAUAUAUUUCUCAUUUGUUUCCUAUUUUUUCAUGCCUUAAUUUAGUUAUUAAGAUAUUCACCUGGUGCUGAAUGUCCUGCUGUAUGUUUACAACAAUGCAUCAGAGUGAAAGGGUUGGCACAUUUUGUAAUAGGCAAAUUAAUGGCAGGUAAAUGCAGGCAUUCAGAUACAAAGUUUACAGGCUCACACAAAGAAAAUAAGAAAACUGCAAAAAAAUGACUGAAAUUAAAUUUCCAAUAAGAAGCAUAUUUUAGAAGAAUGUGCACAAGUUAAGGCAUGUUUUUUUAAUUUUUAAAUAUAAUUUAAUGGUCUUGAUGGCUUAGUCGAGGAUUUUUGUGUGUUUGUGUCUGAAUGUUUACACUCGUGCUUGUAUGCUUGUGUGUUUGCGGUAAGGUGCGGGUGCAUAAAUAAACAAACAAAAGAGUGUCCGUGUGUGUCCAUGAUAAUGUGCAAUAAAUCGUGAGCAAAGCAAUGACCCUGAGGAUGUGAACUAAGAGAAUGUGAACACAGAAUUGUUGUUUUUUUUGUUACGCUUCAGAUUGCAGACGAGAGAGGGGGGGGGGGGGGGGGGUAUAAAUCCUCUGAUUAACAGUAGAGAACCACUGGGCAGAACGGGAAAACUAAUUAUGUGGAGGAACUGUAACCAUGUGUAUGUGACGGGCCACUGUAAUAUUACUGAAAUUGUAUCACUUCAGCUUUCACGUGGCAAUCAAAGGGCAAUAUUUUGUGAAAAACAUCGUGACAACUUCUCACUGUAGUCACUGCAGGUGAACUAGCAGAGGAAUCCAAUCUUGGAGAAACAACAACUGACAGGGGCCGUCCCCUCAUGCCGAGUCUUGGACAUGUUACACUACAUCUGUAUCUGUCUCUCUACUCAGGGCUUCAUGUCUCAUUUCCAGACAUGAUGGACAUAAAACACUAAACCAGUCCUCAAAAAGCUGUUGUGUUAUGGUUGUUACUGUAGGUAAAAGAUUAAUGUCAGUUUGUAGAUAAAGUACACAUUCAACUUUGUACGAGCUUGGAAAGCUCCUCCCUCAUCCUCACCCCUUUUACACUAUGAGCCGGACUGAAGACAGUAAUUCUUGUGUAUUCAUGUACAGUUUUCAGGGAUGUAAAUAUUGAAGUGUCUGUUUUGGUUUUAGAAUUUAAAUUCAAAUUUUCUUUAUCACAAUCAUCUGCCGGACAGAAAAUCAGCCAUUGUGAUAAACUCUUGAGUGAGUUGGAAAGUUACUGUAAAGAAAAGAUUCAUGUAAUUGUAUUUGUGUUAAUACUGUAUGUGUGUACACUGUACUGUACAUUUAUGACCAUGUGUAUAGAGACCUAUUAGUAUUGUAUAAGAUUUAUAUUACGUGUUAUUGUAUAGGACAGAACCAGAUCUGUAUUAAAAAUAUAAGAAUUG